AUGAAUCAAAAAAAAGUCCUAAUUUCAUUAACUUCAGAUAAUGAAGUUUUCUAUUUAGAUGGUGCUAGAACAGGAGUAUUUGUAGUUGAAGCAAUGCAUCCGUACAAUGCAUUUACAAAAAAAGGUUUCCAGGUUGAUUUUGUUUCGGAGACUGGUACUUUUGGCUGGGAUGACCAUUCCUUGGCUCCUGAUUUUUUGUCAAGUCAAGAUAAAUUGGAUUUUGAUGAUAAAGAAUCUGAUUUUAAUCAAUGUAUAAGAAAUGUUAAAAAGGCAAGUGACAUUAAUCCUGAUGAGUAUUGUAUAUUUUUUGCAUCAGCAGGCCAUGGCACUCUAUUUGAUUAUCCAACUGCUAAGGGCUUGCAAAAGAUAGCCUCUGAGAUUUAUGAUAAUAAUGGUGUCGUCGCUGCCGUUUGUCAUGGACCAGCAAUAUUUGAUGGUUUGAUUGAAAAAAAAACUGGGAAACCCCUAAUUGAAGGCAAGGCUAUUACUGGUUUUACAGAUAUUGGUGAGGUCAUCCUAAAAGUUCAUGGAGUUAUGAAAGAAAAAAAUUUACUCUCUGUUGAAGAUAUUGCUAAGAAGUACAAUGCGAAGUAUUUGCCACCAAUUGGGCCAUGGGAUGAUUAUUCAGUUACGGAUGGAAAGUUGAUUACUGGUGUAAAUCCAGCU